ACGUCGUCCCCGCCAUCACCCUGGAUCACCCCGGAUGCGGCGCAGCUGGACGCAGCGACGCGGGGGACUCGUUCUCUGGUGCGCGCGCGCGCGUCGUUCAGCUGAUCCGCGGGUCGACGAGUGAAAGUGCUCCGAAUACCUGUCGAGCCGUGAAGACCGCGAGACCCCGUUCCCGUGCGCAGCGCGUUGUCGGGCGCGAGGUGGUGUGGUGGUGACGUUCAGCCGUACCGAAAGUUCCUAAUGCAACGUUAGGUAGUUAGCGACAAUACGGUGAUUACGGUGCGAGAGCCGCGGAGCCGCCGGAGGUCGACUUUUCUUCAAGAACAAUUAGAAGUGUCCUCCGCCCUCUCUCUCUCUCUCUUUUUCACUCGUGUUUUUGCUCACUCCUGCGGUGCUGCGACGAAAACAAAUUGUACGACAGCUUUUCCUCUCAAUUGACGAUAAUAGAAAAUUUAAUAGAGACUUUUUCUGAGCAAGAGUGAAGUUUCCGUUUUUAAUUGCAAUUGAUGCAGUUUAAGAAAAUUGUGUUUUUAUGAUACAAAACGAUUGAGAAUAAGAAGCAAAUUUGUUUAACUUUGACAAUCUACAUUUUUUUAUCCAUAUAAAAGUUUGUACAUAGCUGCAAUUAAAUCCUCACUUUUGUACGUGUCUUAAUUAGCAUGAUUCUUUCUGCAGCUUGUUUUUUUUUGUUUGGAAUUUGCUGACACUUGUGAAGGAGAGACUGGAUUCUUUCGACAGCUGUGGUUCUAAUAUGCGUAACUUGGAACGUUUUCUCUCGCUGCAUGCAGGGUGAUACGUAACAACGUGUAACUUCAAUGUGUCCUGUUAUUGAUCAUCAGAGAUUGAUUCAUCAGAGAAAAAUGGUUUCUCUUCGACAACUCUGCGCCUUUAGCAUGAACAUUGGAGACUUUCUUUCACGUGUGUAUACAGUGUAACGUUACCACUUACAUAAUAAUCCGCAUCUGGGUGUCACUGUUUGCGUUGUGUCCUGCAUUUGAUAAUCGAGGGAGAGACUGGUAUCCUUCAACAGCAGUGAAUUUAAUAUGGACAGUUUGCAGCUGGCUCUGGUAGCCGUCUUUACAUUCGUCUGUGGUGUAAUAUGUACCCUGGCGGUGCAGUUUUACCUGUUUAAGAAGUAUUUGGAUUCGGGACCUCAGGCCACUCCGCCGCAGAGGCAGCUGCAGCAUGGCAAGGCGCAGUUGCCUAAGGAGCUGGUGGAACAGGUGCAGGAGGAACGGGCGAACUCCAACAACAGCAUGUCCCGUCAGGUGAUGUCCCAGGGCAACGAGAACCUGGCCAUAAACCUUACGCUGCAGUUCCUCUUCAACGAGCUGCGGAACGCCGAGCGUGUGCGUCUAUGGCUUUACAGGAAAUUGAAUAACGAGUUCAAGGAGCUUCUUACGCAGUCGACCACCGCCAAGUUGUUAGACAGUGUGAAAUUGAGAGACUUGAAUCUUGGUACGCAAUUUCCGACGAUAAAGGGUCUGGAAGUCGCCGACUCAAAAAUCGACGCCGACACGGGUUUGCUGGAGUCUCUGGACUUGGCCUUAGAUUUACAUUACUCAGGAAACUUUCAAUUGUCUAUAGAUGUUAAGAUGCUGCUCGGUAAAACAGCCUACAUGGCGUUGCAAGUGAAGCGUAUCAGCGGUAAAGCUAGGCUACAGUUUACUCGUGUACCGUACACGCACUGGUCGUUGAGCUUCUAUUCGGAUCCAAUCUUGGAGCUGGAAGUGCAGUCGCAGUUCCAAGGCCGUCAGUUACAGCCGCAGAUAAUCUCGAUUAUCACCAGUCAGAUUAGGAGGGCAGUGAAGCGGAAGCAUACUCUACCUCGUUAUAAGAUGCGCUACAAGCCGUUUUUCCGAAGAUUGAACGACGAGGCCGUGGAUCUUUCAGAGGUCGCCAGUACUCAGCUCACUCCAGGAUACUUGGAGGUCGUAUUAUUGGAUAUCAGCAGAUUAAACCUCGCGUCUAUCGUCUUCAAUAAUGGCGAAGACGUGUCGCAAGUGGAAGUGUACUGCACCAUGAGCAUAGAUUCUACGCCAUGGAUUUAUUUGACGCAGUACAGUGGCGUUCCGUACAUGGUGCUAGACCUGAUCAUCAGUAAGACGGGCUCCCAGCAGUUGGGCGUGGUGUUCAAGCAGGAGGUCGUGCCGGAGAUCGGCCAGAUGUGCGUGCUAGUCGAGACCAUAGUGUCUGGGAGUCCGGCGGCGAUCGCCGAGAUGAGGAAAGGCGACAUUUUGGUAGCGGUGGAUGGCAAAAAAGUGUCGAGCAUGAACCAAGUAGCGAAGUUUGUCAAAUCCGCUGUACAGCGACGUUUCAUUAUCAGGGUGGAGAGACGGUACUCGAGCGAAAGAGGACAGAAAACGGAUAACGAGAGGACGCCCUUUGCAGAAAGGAAAGCGUCGAAAAGCGAUUCCGUGGGCAGGCUGGACAGUCCGAGCGCGGAAGACGCCGGAAAGAUCAAGUUUGAGGCACAGAUCAAGUUCUCCGAUCUACGAGAUUCUGAAAAUGAUCUCGCGGACACCCGAUCGGACAGCAGUAAGCUAUUCAAGAGAAGAAAGAGCAGCAGCCAGACAGAAGAAGUCGCCCAGACGCCCGACACUACGCCGUCUCGACGAAUCUCGGUAAUUUCCACGUCGUCGGCGUCAUCCAGCACUGUUCAAUUUUAUCUUCCGGACGACAGUAACACGACCAACAUCGCCGAUUUGUACCACAACACGAAGGAGAAGCCGUACGCCUCUCUGAUCACCUUCGAGGAGACCAAGAGCUUCCGCAUCGAUUCUGAAUCGCAAUAUUUAAAUGUGGGCGUAUGGGGCCGGGUGAAGGGCGGUGAAACACCACCGAGAUUGCUAGGCUACAUAAACGCGCCUGUGAAAUUAAUCCUGGCGCAGUGCUGCACUUCCACGACUGGGCAUUACCUAAAAUGUCAUGCUUUAUUGCCUCCCGAUAGUGCUUCUUUAGCGACGUCCUACGUAAGACUGCAAGGUUACUCGGGAUUCGAUCCGACGCUCUGUUACGGCGACAUUCUGCUAUCGUACGUAUGGGAAUCUUGUCGGCCGAGCGAUCAAGGGGUUAAUGAUUUCGGGAAGAAGGAAAACGCAGAAACUGCCAAAACUCAACCGAUUCCAAGCGAGGAAAUCACUGAUAGAAAAAUACACGAUUUUAUCAGGACGCACUUCCACAGAGCGACACAUUGCGAUUUUUGUACGAAAAAGAUUUGGUUAAAGGAUGCAGUACAGUGUCGUGAUUGCGGCAUGGUGUGUCACAAAAAGUGCGAGGCGCGUUGUCAGGCAUCUGGCACAUGCGGCGCGGAGAGUCUAGCAACUCUGGCGUUGGAGGCCGACGAGAUCGAGCCAAACGUCGGGGAUAUCUCUAGCCCGGAGAUCUCUCUGACAGGAUGCGAAGAUAACGUACAGAGUUCAUUGGCUGGAGGUCUGGGAAUAAGUCCUGACCUCUUGGAGGGUGCUGAGCCAAGUGUUGCAGCUCCACUUAUGGCCGGUGACUUGGACGACGGUCUUAUGUCAAGGGCCAGGGACACCGGCAAAUUCUUGUACAAGUACCUGGAGCCGCAGGAGCGUGUCGAGAAGAUCAACACCAUGAUGGGAAAAUUGAAGAACGCGCUAGACGCCGAAACUACCUCAAGAUUGGACCUGUCUCAGAACGGGGAUGCAGACAGCGUGAAACUGAUCGCGCAGAGUGAUCUGCGAGUACAGGCAUUAAGCGUGCUGCUUUUGCACUACUGCGCCGGAUUGCAACACGCGCAGGAGGCGGUGGACCGACCACAAGCCAGCAAGGAAUCUUAACAGGAAAGCAUCCAAUAAACGCGGCAGCUUUAAGAGAAAAUCGCAUUUACCGCCUCUCUCUAUAAACAAUGAACAUGGAAAAUGUAAGGAUAUCUGGUAAUGGAUAAUAAUGGUUUGCUUUCGCAAUUUAUUUCGUAAUGAGCAACGACUGCGUGACAUUAAUGCGACGUUACAUCAAUUUUAUGAUGAUAUUGCCGUUUUUUAAUAUUGACUUAAUAUGGAUUAAUUAUUAAAAUUGUAAUGUUACAUCAGGCUGUAUAAAAUGCACAGAAAUAUUUAUAUUACUAUGCACAGAUAAAUAGGGAGCAAAUAUCUAACAUUCCAUCGGUUCAGAUUCCAGAUAACAUUCCAAUUUAUAAACAUUCCAUCAGUGCAGAUAUCAGAAUCACAAUUAUAUCUUAUAUGUGUCACUUUUUCUCGUUUCUACUAUUUACCGUAUAAUAUUUUAGAAAACCUUAUUUACGUAGCAUUACUAUAACGUUACGUGACGAUACAUUUUUCAAAAUUUAACGUUGAUGUAACGUUAUAUAAAUAUUAUACAUAUAUAUUAUAAAGUUACAGAGAGAAAGAGAAAAAAUGUGUAUGCGUGUGUGUGUGUUUGUUUUUGAAUACAUAUUAUGCCAUAGCUGUUCCAAAGCCUAUUCUACAUUAGUCAAUUGAUUGAUCUUUAACACUAUUCACACGAAUGUCGGUAAGAAAAUAGAGAUGGUAAAAUAUAAGUAUUAAUUUACUAGUCCAAAUUCAAUUCCGUAAUAGCAAAUCUUUAAUGACAUUAAAUAUUGGACAAUUAUAUUUUUCUUUUAAAAUCUUUUUUUAAGAGAUUUUUUUAAUAUUAUUUUUUAUAUCUUCUUUAAUUUACAGAAUUUAAUAACUUAAAUUCUGCAAACAAAUACGUAAUUAUUCGCACUGUACAGGAUUAAUCAAAAUUCUGCGUAUGUGUUACGCAUGUAUAUAAAUAAUACGUACGUAAAUUACACACGCAAAUAAUAUAAUUUCGUCUAAGGACUUUUAAUAAUUUUAUCGCGAUUUGCGUGUUAUAAUUUGCAUUACAUAUGUAGCUAGAUAAUACUCAGAGACGUUCACCAAGAGAGAACACCAAACUCGUUAAAGUUAGUAUUAAUAGAUUGUUAUAAUAAUUAUUGCAAUGUACGUAGGAAGGUGCGUGUGUAUUCACACAAGAGAAUGCUUUCGUUUGUGAAACGAUGCACAUUGUCUAAAAAAAGGCUUUCCGUAAAACAGUGCGAUUCCCCAAAUGCCUAAUAAUUACAUUUUAUCUGAUAACAAUUUUAUGCGAUAUUAGAUUCGCAAAUGUAAUGUGUGAUGAACAUAUAACGUGCGAAUUUAUAAGACUAUUUAUAGAUUGAGGUGACGAUCUGUCGCGAUCGUAGGUAAUGAUCUGUACUGGAUGGUUGUUGAAUACGUGCACGGUUGUGCAUUGCGCCAAAAUACGUGUGAUAAGAGGAUAUCUUGCACGUUUUUAAUAACAUUUUCAGACCUCACGUCUCUUUUGACAAAGCUAUUUAAACCAAUUUGCGAUCUUAAUGGAUCAUUCAAAAAAUAUUUGGACAGAAGGUAUUUUAAUGUCUAUUCUGCUUUCUAUGUCCCUAUUAAAUUACAGUACGUCUACUCUUUAUUCAUUAAAUAAUUCACUUUCGGAUUAUAAUCGUACAAAGGAAAUGAAAACAGAUGCCAUGACUUGACAUUUUUCAGUGUCUUACUUAAGAAUCGCAGAUGGUGCCAAAUAACUUAAACCUCAACACAGAACAUAUCUAUGAACUGGAACAAUUAUAACGAAUGGCAUUAAACUCUAUAUUCAUACAUUAAAGACAAAGAGAGAAAGAGAGAGAGAGAGAGAGAAAGAGAGCGUGCAUUUAGAGAGUUGAAAGAUUUGGCAUUAUAUUUAGCAUUAGAUAUGAUUCUGCGGUUCCGAUCUCUAUUUACGUAAAAAAUGCAUUUGGCUUAGGCCUGUGAUGGCAAUUGGAUGGUCACGUGUAACGCUAAAUGCACUGAAUGAAUACAGAUCUUUGACUGUUGAAAAUAUAAUCAAAGAAUUUUACCGCUUUGGCCUAAAUCGACGAUAUUGAUAUGACGACCGGCGAAGAAGCUAUGCAAAUUUUGACUGUAUUUAACUUAAUUGUUCACAGUGCAUUUAAUAGACGUACGAGACACGGCUUCGUAUUAGCGAAAUCCAUCCAUAAGCAUUUUUGUGUGGCCGUAAUUUAAGGUGUUGCGCGUCUCGCGAUUGCAAACCGAUGUAUUAUCGCUCAUUGUUAUUAUACAUAAAGUGGAUAUAAAGGUGAAUAUAGAUUGUUAAUCUCGUCGUAAA